UUUUCAGCUGCUCAGUUUAACAUGAUGGUCCUGUACUUUUUAAAUGCAGAUUGGAUAAAAACACAGUGAUCACAGUUCACACCUGCAGUGAAGCCCCUCCCACAACAAUUCACCAAUAAAUACUGGGAAUAUUCCCAUCAUCCUACAAGAGAAGGACAAUCUCCAGGAGUAGCAGCUGAAAUCUGUGUGACUGUUAAAGAUGGAGUUUAUUAAAGAGGAGAUUGAAGACAUGAGUGAUCCAGAACCAUCCAGAAUAAAACAUGAAGAUACUGAGGAACAAACAGACCAGGUGAGAGUGAAAGAGCAAAGACAAGAACUGAAUGAAGUGGAGGAACAUCGUAACUUUACAAUUCAAAGAACAAAAGCCAAAAAGACGCACACCUGCACUCAGUGUGGAAAGAGUUUCUCACAGAAAGGAAACCUUAACAGACACAUGAGAAUUCACACUGGAGAGAAACCGUAUACAUGCACUCAGUGUGGAAAGAGUUUCUCACAGAAAGGAGACCUUAACAGACACAUGAGAAUUCACACUGGAGAGAAACCGUAUACAUGCACUCAGUGUGGAAAGAGUUUUUCUCAAUCAUCAGCUCUCAGUCGUCAUCUGCUCAUUCACUCUGGAGAAAAACUAUUUAACUGUGAUCAGUGUGGAAAAGAUUUUAUUUCAUCAUCAAAACUAAAACAACACCUGAAAGUUCAUUCAGGUGAGAAGCCUUAUGUGUGUUCUCUCUGUGGAAAGAAUUUUUCAAGGCUGGACAGUUUUAAACUGCACCAGAAAACACAUAAUGAAGUGAGAGAUUAG